UCAGUGCAUCUGGUCCCACUUACAUACCUUCUCAAGUUCGGUCCCUUUUCCCCUUUUCCACUCUCAGAACUCAAAAGGGCUUCUCUUUCUCCCUCUCAGCCACACCUCGUUCAUCCCACAGACUGAGGUGGCGACUGGCGAGGUCUUCCUGCCGUCUCAGAUAUGUUGGCGUCCGGAGUGGCCGUGGUUGUAUGUAUACUGGUUUUUCUUGAAAUGCGGCCGAAGGUGAUGGGAAAUUGUCCACUUGAUUUGAGUGGGUCAAAUUUAACGCUGCUAUCCUCCACUUGCUCCAACAAAGGUGACAGAGGAAAGUGUUGCCGUUAUAUCAAUGCUUUUGUGGCAGUUUCUGUUGCUCGCUAUGCUAACAUGUCAAGCAACCUUGGGGUUCCUUCAGGAUUGUCUGACAUCUGCCUCCACUCCGUAUCAGAGACCCUGGAACUAUAUGGGGUUCCAUCAAAUGCAACAGUCUUCUGUGCACUUGGUACAAAAAUCCCAGUCACUUAUGAGUGCAUGGGCCGAAUAACUGUCAUGCAGAUGCUAGAAUCUCCAAACUUUGAGGAUGUCACAGAGAACUGCAAGUUACCACUUUCAGAGGAAAGUAGUUGCAGGAGAUGUAUGAAUGCUAGCAUUUUGUACCUUCACCACCUUAUAGGAGCUGAAGAUAAUAUGACAUUGAGUACUUGCCGAGAUGCAACUUUUGCUGCUCUUGCAAGCCAGGGUGAUAAUGUGUCUACUUUUGAAAUAGCAACCUGUUUCUUUGGUGUCCAAGAGCUUAAUGUUCAUCCAGUGGUUGCUUCAGAUCCAUCCUCACCUUCGCUUACACCCGAGGCUUCUCCAAGUUCAUUGCCUGAUGCUAGCCCUAGCCAGCUUUUAGUAGGAAUACCUUCUGAAGAACAUCACCAUCCUUACCACCUCACAGUAAUACGUGUUGGCAUUGCAGUCACAGCAGUUUCUGUUUUUCUGCUGAUAAUUUUGAUAUUUCUCAUCCAUAGGAAAAGCAGAGAGCUAGGGGAUUCUGAGAAUCUUGAUAAGACUUGUUGGAAUGUUUUCCCUCCUCAACCAAUUCAGAAAGGUCAGGAUGGGCCAUCUACGUUUCAGAAAUUCAGCUAUAAGGAAACAAAGAGGGCCACAUACAAUUUCAGCACCACCAUUGGACAAGGGGGGUUUGGAACUGUCUACAAGGCUCAAUUUAGUGAUGGUUUUGUUGCCGCUGUGAAGCGGAUGAACAAAGUUUCCGAGCAAGGGGAGGAUGAAUUCUGCCGGGAGAUGGAACUUCUUGGAAGAUUGCACCAUCGCCAUCUUGUUUCUCUAAGGGGAUUUUGUGUUGAAAAACAUGAGAGGUUUCUGAUAUAUGAGUACAUGGAAAAUGGAAGCUUAAAGGAUCAUCUUCAUUCUACUGGGAAAACUCCACUGAGUUGGCUGACUAGAAUCCAGAUUGCCAUUGAUGUUGCCAAUGCUCUGGAGUAUCUCCAUUUUUAUUGUGAUCCUCCUCUCUGUCAUAGGGAUAUCAAGUCUAGCAAUAUCCUACUGGAUGAAAACUUUAUUGCAAAGGUGUCAGAUUUUGGCCUUGCACAUGCUUCAAAAACUGGCUCAAUUAACUUUGAACCAGUGAACACUGAUAUCUGUGGAACUCCAGGUUAUAUGGAUCCUGAAUAUGUUGUUACUCAGGAGCUGACUGAGAAGAGUGAUAUAUACAGUUACGGAGUACUGUUAUUGGAACUGGUAACUGCCAGGCGAGCCAUACAAGACAACAGAAAUCUUGUUGAAUGGUCUCAGCAAUUCAUGGCAACAGAAUCAAGACUACCUGAAUUAGUGGAUCCCGCAAUAGGGGAUUCCUUUGACUUGGAGCAACUUCAAACCUUGGUUACAAUUGUGAGAUGGUGCACACCAAGGGAAGGAAGAGUGAGACCUUCAAUUAAACAGGUUCUGAGGCUGCUAUAUGAUAGUUUGGACCCAAUGCAUAGUGGUCGUGUGCAAACUGUGGAAGAUGGAGAAUGUGAAGGUGAUGAAAGUGGAGGAAGGACGAGUAAGGGGAAGGUGCAAGGGAACGAGGUAAUCUUUCACAGUGGAGAUGCGAGGUGUCUUCCUUCUUCAAGUACAUCCAGAUCCUACUGAAGCAGGAGCGUUUUAAUUGAAACUGGUUCACCAUAAUCACCUCCUGGCAUUUCCUCUCUCUAAGAUAAUGUGGGAUUGCACCAUAAUCUUUCAUCGGCUAGUAUAUUAUAUUUAAGAGUAAAAAAUAUAUCCUGGACAAAGGGAUGAAACUGCCUCCAAGUCAUAGGUAUGCAUAGUGUUCAUAUUUAUCGAGUAAAAUCUUGUUUAAGAAUGUGAAGGAACUCAAGAUUAUUACAGAAAUUGCAUCCAGACCACGAGAAAUGGCAAUGCUCAUUGUUUAUGGUUACUAGGCAUUACUCUUUUUUCCCCUUUCCCUUUUCUUCUUUGUUUUCCGCUGCAAAGCUAAGAUGUAGAGUUCUGUAUUAUUCAAACAUCAUUGCAGUGUAACAAGUAGCAAAGCCAAGAAA